CAAUAUUAAUCUGCGCAAGAACAUCGGUUACAUUCCUGUUGCCCCCCAUUUCUGUAUCCCCAAUCUUAAAAUACACAGAGGGUGCUUGUAAAUAUCUCUGCUGAUGUCCGGGCCCAUGUCGUCAGACCUUGGAGGAUACCAUCAGGUGCCAGUGACGUGUGCCAGCACCUGGCAGUGUGAUGGGGAGCUGUGUUCUGUGUUAAACGCCUCCUAUUCAGAAAAUUCACAUGAGAAAGAAGAAGAUACAUCAAGAGAAUGCUGCGUGUAUUUAGAACCAGCGGCAUCCAUUGAAGCUGGGACUCCAUGCUCGCUGUUUUUGUCCGCUAUCGGCCCAGAAAAGAAUAGAAUCCGGAGUGUUAGUGUUUGUAGUCAGGCAAGAACUAUUGAAGUUUACAAUGUAUCAUCGGAUGGGAAAGAGGAGGAAUACCUCGGGAGCUGUCGGGGAGAAAGGUUAUGCACUUUGCCAAGCAAGCACGGGGAGGAGAGUCCUGUUGUUUUGUAUAAAACAUACCUCAAGUUGGAUUUUCCUAUAUCUUCAUGCAAAGUCAAGUUACUUUCGCUUGCUGGGAAACUGUGUGUUGCUUUAAACAAGAUUUCAGUGGAGAUGACCUUAGUCCCAGAAAAAUAUUCGCAGCCUUCUUUUGGGCUAGGCCCAUCCAUCAAUCUUGAUCGAGUACAAAGCAUAGUGGACAGUAUGGGUGGGAAAAUGUCCCCUGGCGCAGAGCAGCUGAUGAGUAUGGUGCGUGCUCAGCAAAAGCAUCAAAUUCCUUUUGGGCCCCACUUAUUGCAGUUGUUUGGCAACUUUGACCAUAGCACAGAGGGAGUGCAACGGAACAAACGGCUUGGAACACAAAUCCCCCCGGUUAACAAAGUUUCUGAAAUGUUGCUUAACCAGACAAGAGACUUUCAACUACCUUCAGAAGCUCUCGCCUCCGUACAAUCUGCUGUUCCACCAAACAAUGAUCUAAAGACAGCAGUGUGUUCAUUCUUGCAAACUCCAGCGAAUGGUAUUACUGGUGCUUCAAAUUCAGACUCGCUAAUUCCCCUUCUUCGCAAUUUGUGUGUAGAACAGAACCAAUCGUUAAGAGAGCAGACACAGGGUCGACAAGAAGCUCAGGAAACAAGGAAGGGUGCAGCUGCCCUGGAGAAACUAGUAUCUUUACACAUGGAGCGAAUGGAGAAGACCCUUAUACAGCACGUUGAUCAGAAGAUGAAAGAUCUUCAGGAACACUUGGAUGCCAGACUGGAUGGCUUAAUAAGUGUUAUACAGAACAGUAAUUCCUUAUCCCCUGGACGGGCAGGCCUGAAACACGUCAACGGUCAAAUUGAUCACAGUGGGAAACAAAAUGGUGAUUAUACGGCACUUUCCAAUCAUCACAUAGCUGACGCUCUUUCGUAACCUGGAAUGUCUGCUGCAUUUAUAUCCAUAAAAACUCUUUGUUGUGAAGAUUUAAUACAAUAAUGCAGGAGCUGAAGAGGCCUCCAUCACUGGGUUGAGUGAAAUACAAUUUAUCCAAAGCUGGGGUAGAGGUAUUAACGUUAAACACAGUGUGCAUCGGUUACAUGAUGUUUAAUGCUACACUGCACGUUUCUUCUUCCCUAACCAAAGCCUCGGCGAUGGUUAUACAAAUUAAUUUGUAUUUUAAAAGUGCAGUAUUU